GGAAAAUCAAUCAUUGUCAUUGAUACAAGCGACCCCAAAUUGAUGUAAGCGAUACCUGUCAAAGUUGCAGCAGCUGGCAAAAGAAAUGUUACCAUAUUUUGAAAAAUAAAUCAGAAUAGAGAUGGAAGAGCUUUUAAAGUUGUUGAUCAAAGAUGCUCAAGCAGCAAAGUUUCAGCCAAUCAGACAGGCAGCUCAGAAUGCCCUUGAUGUGUUAAAUAACAAAGAUGAUGUUGAGAGGCUGCCUGCUCAUAUGCUCAGGGAACGAUGUCUUGAACCACUCCAUCUUGCCCUGGAGAGUAAAACUAAAAGGCUUAUGACCCAUGCUGUAUCUGGGAUAGAGAAACUGUUGAAGGAUGAUCGAUUCCAGUCUAGUAUGGAGACAGAAAGUGAAGAUAAAUGGCUUCCCAUACAAAUACUCAAGACUGUAUACUCAACACCCAACUUACCAGAAGACAUACAGACGGAUGUCAUGAAGUUGCUGUUGAAAAUGACAUUUUCCACAGCCUGGUGUAUGAACUCAAGAAUUAUAACUCAAGUAGCACAGGUAUACAUAGACACAUAUAGUAGUAGCUCGACCACUCUAAAGGGUAUUGUGCAGGCAGCUCUUACACAGCUGCUCGGGAGUUUUGCAGAAAAAUUGCGUUCUGCUAUGCAGAAAGUGGAGCAUGCUGAGGAGGAUGUCAUGUCACAUUUUAAUGCUAAAGGUGAUCCUAAGGUGGAAAGCCUGACUGAUGAUGUUGUUACUCUGCUAAACUUUCUUACAGAAAAAGUUUCAGCUGCAGCAAAGGCUGGUAAGAGCAAACAGGCUGUACCAUUAUUGUUGGAAGGGAUAUUAGCAAUUGUUUCCAACUCUCCUGUGCAGCUGAGGAAUUGUGAAGGGUUCCAGCAAUUGGUAUGGCAAAACUUGUGCCCAACCCUGAUAUCUCUGCUGGGUAUACCCAGGGCUGAGCCCAAACCUAAAGCUGGAGGUGAUGCACAGAGAAACGUGGACACUACAAAUCUGACAGCAGCAACUGCCAAAAUUAUCUACAGUAUAUCGGUAGAGGUAGCCAAGAUGGUGGGACCAGUGAAGUCAUUACGGCCAGUACUGGAAACAUUAUUCCAUAGAAUCUUGAUAUGUUCUUCACCUAACAACAGACAUGAUGCUCUCAAAGCUUUAAAAGAGUUGCUGGCAGAUCCUACACGACUGUGUGAUAUCACAGUUACAUAUUAUGAUGACUGUUCAAGAUCAGGGAAAUCCACUACGCAAAUUAAUGAUCUGGCUUUAGUCAAACUUAUAGUAGAUUCUGUACAGGAGUGUUGUCAUACCAGUGACUCUGCCCUCUGCUAUACAUGUGUUAUGUGUGUAGGUGACCUUUUGACCUCUAUAGAACAUCUAGACAGAGGCAUUGGUAUCCAUGGAGAGAGUGUCAAGGUCAUCAAAGAAAAAUACCUAAAUAAACACGACAAAGAGAGGACUGUCUCAGACAGAGCCAACUCUAUACCUUGCCAUUCCGAUACAGAGGAGGCUGUACAAAAUGUUAACAACUGCAGUAUAAACAACAGUAUUAACGGUCACUCUGAUAAUGAUCAGCUGGAUGAUAAAAUUGAAAACAAAGAUACAGAUGGGAAAUUAUCGAAGGAAAAAUAUGAUUCUGCGAAGUUUGUUGAGCAUAAUGGAGAGAAGAGUAGUUCACUCUCACACUAUAAGAGUGCAGAGAGGCAGAGCGCUUUGGAUUUUAUACAGGAGAUGGUCCAGCACCUGCCCUAUCUACUCUCGCUUACAACUAUACCUGAAGUGGAUGAAGCUUUGCAGAAAUUCUCAUCACAGUUUUCUCAAAAUAGUAGCAAGAUGUGUAACAAAUACAGUGAUGGUGAUUUGUAUGGUGUACCAGUAACACCAGUGAUUCCUGUUGCCCCCAGGAUAAAUGUACCAGCCUUGAUUAGGCAAAGCAGUAUAGAGUCAGGAUGGGACAGGUCCAUUUCUGGAGGAGGGAUGCUAAACUCAGUUCAGGCGUCACAGGCUUUGUGUGGACUAUCUCAGCAAGUUGACAGAUUGUUUGAGGAAGCUGCCAACAACUUGAACAUGACAUCACUGACUGCCUUCCUAGCAAGUCUGUGUGAAUCCAGUAAACAUCAGCUCCAUAAAAUAACCAAAACAAUAUUGGAGGAAGAGGACUUCCCUGGGGAACACCAUAACUUACCUGUAAACUCACUACACCUGUACAGACUACAGAAUGUCCUGAUGAAGGUGGCACACAGUGAUAGACCUUUGAUACACCUGAUCAAGGCAUGGAGUGUGGUUUCAUCUUACUUAGUGGAGUCUGCGGGCCACAAAGAUCGAAGUAUAUCCAAGAUGGCUGUCACCUGUGUACAUGAUUUUAUGAUUGCUGUGAUGACAGGACAUUCUGAACUACAACAUUUCCAUACCAACGAGAUGCUGUGUAAAACAUUUGAGAACAUUCUAUGUCUGGAACUCUGUGAUGGGGAUGUGCAAGACCAGAUUGUGUGUUCUAUAUGUGAGCUGGUCGAGGCUUCAGCAUCGGACAUCAGGUCUGGUUGGAGACCCCUGUUCGGAGCCCUGAGGGCUGUUAGGAUUGAGUACACAACUGUAGAGGAGGUGAAUGAGGCCAGGCAGAGGCACGUGGAGGCCGUGCUGGAUGUGUUUGAUGUAUAUCUCAACACAGACAACAUACUUGUAUUUGCUAAUGCUACAGUAGACUGUAUAUUGUGCCUGCUGAAAUAUGUGAGAGGUCCUGGAGAGUUUGAGGAUUCUGAUACAGAAGAUGGAGAUUCUGUCAGUGAUUAUAUGACGUCAUCUCCAGCCUCCGAGAAUCUCGUGCUACCAGCGCUAAAUUAUCUCAAACAGUGCUGCAUUAUUCUUCAGUCAAUGUGGAAAAUGCCAGCAUGUCCAGUCUUCCAUGGAGCUAAAAGAAUCCAGGUAGAUACAGCAAGCAGGUGUGUGGAUAGAGAUAUACCAAACAUGGACUUCAAAAAGUUCUCAAAGUAUUUCAUUCUGGAUGAUGAAAGAUGUGACCAACUCGCUGCAGAUAAAUCACCCAGCCAUGAGUACAUAGAGAAAACAACUGGUGAUUCCAGCAGUCUGCUGUCAAAUGAUUCUGGUAUUCUUCUAACUGCCAGCAAAGAGGACAGCAAGCCAGAGACAUCAGACUGUAAUAUUGCCAUCAGUUUAGAUGAGUUAGACAAUCAUACAGGAAUACUACAUGUCUGGUUCCUGAUGCUAGAGGGUCUGUCUGGGGCCAUCUGUGCCUGUCCUAGGUCCUACCAACCUCACACCAUGGAAACCAUGUUUGAUUUGUUAAGAUCUGCCUCACAUGUUCCAGAUGAUGAGAAAGUGUGUAGAAUGAUAGAAGAAGUAUUGAAACAACUCCUGAUAGUUCUCACAGAAUGUGUGGCUCAACCAUUUGAAGUAAUCUCAAGAUUAGGGUGUUCUUGUAUCAGGCAUAUUUUGUUGAGCGCACACACAGAUUUCACUGAGGGAAUGUGGAAGAUUGUGAUCGACAGUUUAGAAAAUGCUCUAGAUGUCACGACGUACUGCCUACGUCAGCUUAUGCUGCUGUUCAAGACAAACUCGGAGAAUUUUUACGGGGAUAUAGGUCAGGUUAAAGUGGCAACUAGGAAAGAUUGCACGAUGAUGGAGUUUGUUCGAAUAUGGCAUUUAGCACAACAGGUGUUUCUGUUAGAUAGUCAAGUGAGUGUUGAAGUACCGUCAGUGGACAGUACUGAGGACAAGUCCUACGUGUUCCUGCUGUAUCCUCCGGGGUACGAGAAUAGUCUAAACCCUGAUCAUAUCUUAGCCAGAGUCCCAUUUCGCAGUAUAGUAGUUGGCCUGUUGUCUCACCAGCUACUGUUGCAGACUGUAGGGUGUAUACUUCUAGAGGGCACGGAUACUCCAGAUAGUCAUAUGCCAGGAAUGUUAUCACAGUUGGCUACAAAACAUGUCAUGCAACUGCUGGAAUGUCUUCGUAACUCCUACAAGCUGGCCUGCGAGUUCGACACCCGUCCAGGCCUCAAGUUUCUCGUGCAGAAAGUGGCUCACACCCCAGUAGCUGUGAACCUCUACAAACAGGCUGGAGCCAGUAUGGUAUUCUACAUACAUACACUUAUCAAGAUAUGCGCAAAUAUACCCGACCUAGAUAAAGAAAUAGUAAGAGCUCUCCUGUUAAAGGAAACAAAAAAUGUAACUUCUGAAGAUGACGAAAUAGCAGACGACACUAGCCCAAGUCAGGAAACGGGAAUAGUUGAUAAAUCAGAUGAAGAAAGUGGUAACCAUGGCAAUAUUCCAAGUAAUGACUCAGAAAUAAGCAAGUCUUCCAAGUCUGAUAAUUCUGUAGAAGAGGAGUCAAAUGACACUGCAGCAGUUGGAGAAUCUGAAAAAGGUAAAAUUGUCGGGGACACUGCGGAGAAAAAAGGUGCUAAACUUACAGAUAAUGCCAAAGUGACUGAAAACAGUGUGGAAUUGUGUAGCCAAAUUAUCAUUAAUAAUCCUAAAAUGUUUGUUUCCCAGCUUAAAACAGUCUGUGAUGAGUUGUGCCAAACGUAUAUAGACAUUCUGUAUGAUAAAUCGGGAACCAGUUGUGUUGAUUCAAUGUCUGACCAACAGUUGUUUUUCCUGAUUGCACAACCGGAUGAGUUCCCAGAACUUCCAGCCAAACAUAAAGUUGAUGCAAACCAGUUGAGCAAAGAACUUGAAGAGACCCAGGCCCGCUUACAAGGUCAAGGUCAAAUUGUUCCAUUGCAGGCUGUCAGUGUUCAAGAGAAUGGCUCUACAGUGUCCCCAGUAGCCAAACAGGAAAAAGAAUCAGUAUUACCUCCCUUGAGUCCAGUCCACUCCCAUACAAAGAGUAAGCGAGAAAUGAGAACAGAACAAGAAAGUCGUGUCUAUAAUCUGGCUACAGACAAACUCAUAAAAAACCUUAUGACAGAGUACAAGAAAAGAAAGAAUCAGAAUGCUAUGCCAACUUUUGCCAAAGUGAACAAGAAAGAUAACUCUGACAAGAAACUAAAGAAAAAACAAGGUUCCAGUGAUCCAGUUGAACAGGUUAUUGAGGAACAACAGCACACGUCAAUUAUGAAGGACAGUGAAGCUCACUUGCAGUCUUGGACAGAGUUGCUGUGUACAAUCCUUGGUUUAUUUGACCAGUUAGAUGACAGGAAGUUCACAACACUCCUCCCUGCAGUAUUUGAAUGUGUCAAUCAUCUCAUAUGCCACGCCCAUGACAUGAGAUUGAGGGAGGAGCUAGCACGAUGGUUGCACCGAGUUGGAGAUAUCUAUACUCUUGGUCCUAAAAUGGAAUAGUUCAUUUAUUAUAGCUUCAUCGGAAAGAUUUUAAUUUGUAUUUCCAAAUAAAUAAAUAAAAAAUGAAAGUCAUACAUAUUUGACUAGGUAGAAUAGCUAGGUUGUCAGGGGUUUUAUUUUAAUGAUUUAGUUUGUUAGUAGGCCAGACUUUUACCUGUCAACUUUUACUAGUUUGGUAUUAAAGAUAAUCAUACAUACUUUAUAAAACUGAUCAGUUGUCUGUGUUUCAAAGCAAAGCAUGCUAUAAAAUAGAUUUUUUGGCUUUUAAAUUUGUUAAUAUUUGGAAUGCAAACAAAAAGGAAAAAUGUGUCUGACACCCAACUGUAGAAGUUUACUAGUCGGCAUAGAUGACAAUCUUAGUCUGGUUUGCUAGAGUAAUGUCAAACCGAGGUUGUAUAUUUCUAACAUUUGUUUGAGUAAAAAUGAUUGUUUUUAGAGAUUGGGAGUUUUUUUUGUAUUAGAUAUCCAAUGUUUACCAUUAGUAUUUCUGUCACUAGUACUUAAAAAGUAAAAGAAAUUUCAUUUCAUUCAUUGUAUUAUGUGCAUAACCUGGUUACUGGAUUUUUAUUGGCAAUAUAGCUAGUGCUGAAAACUUUUUCCAGAUGUGUUACUUCUACUAGGCUUUAUUGCAUGAAUUUUGGGGACAUAUUGCUUUUAUCAUUUAUGUCUCUAUGUCUGUCACAUCAUGUCAGCUCCAUUAAAGUCUUCAGCACAGUAGUGAAUUGACAAGGCAGGUUGUUUAUGGUAUCAAAGUUAAAAAGUAGAUAAGUAAAGACUUCAUUUUUAAAGGGUUAAUCAUUAAGCUUGAUUAGCACAGAUCUUAACUUUCAGCCAUAUGGAAUUGAUUCAGUGGUCAUUAUAAUAUAUAGAGGUUUUUGUCGAGCCCGCUUGUGGAAGCGAAGACAUAGUUGUGCAAAUGGCUGUUCGGGGAAUGUGUGUGCAUGCAUCUGUGCAUCCAUCUUUGUUUGUCCGGACCAUAACUUUGACAUGCAUGAAGUAAUCAUGUUUAUAUUUAUGUUUCCCCCCCACUGGGGGUGACAUAUUGUUUUUGCCCUGUCAGUCCGUCACACUUCAUAUCCGAUCAAGAACUGGAGAACCAUUUGACCUAGAACCUUCAAACCUCAUAAGAUGGCAGGGCUUAUGGAUUAGACAACCCCUAUUGUUUUUGGGGUCACUCCAUCAAAGGUCAAGGUCACAGGGGCCUGAAUAUGAAAAACCAUAUCCGAUCAGUAACUUGAGAAUCACUUGACCCAGAAUGUUGAAACUUCAUAGGAUGAUUGGUCAUGCAGAGUAGAUGACCUCUAUUGAUUUUGGGUUCACCCUGUUAAAGGUCAAGGUCACAGGGGCCUGAACAUGGAAAACCAUUUCCAAUCAAUAACUUGAGAACCACUUGACCCAGAAUGUUGAAACUUCAUAGGAUGAUUGGACAGGCAGAGUAGAUGACACAUAUUGAUUUUUGGGUCACUCUGUUGAAGGGCAAGGUCACAGGGGCCUGAACAUGGAAAACCAUUUCCGGUCAGUAACUUGUGAACCACUUGACCCAGAAUGUUGAAACUUCAUAGGAUGAUUGGACAUGCAGAGUAGAUGACCCCUUUUGAUUUUGAGUCACUUUAUUAAAGGUCAAGGUCGCAGCGGACAGAAAAUGGAAAUCCAUUUCCGGUCAAUAACUUGAGAACCAUUUGACAUAGAACCUUCAAACUUCAUAGGGUGUUAGGACUUACAGAGGAUGUUAACCUCAAUGAGACAGAGUGUCAUGCACAAUCCUCAGGUUCCUUUAUCAAAGGUCAAGGUCACAGUUGGAGGUCAAAUGUCAUGUCAGAUCUUGUACAGCCCAUAACUUUGACAUGCAUUGAGGAAUCUUGUUUAUAUUUCGCAUUAGUGUUAAUCUCAGUGAGACAGAGUGUCCUGCACAAACGCCAGGUUCCUAUCUAAAAGGUCAAGGUCACAGUUGGAGGUCAACGGUCAUGUCAGAUCUUGUCCGGCCCAUAACUUGGCCAUGCAUUGAGGAAUCUUGUUUAUAUUUGGCAUGAAUGUUUAACUCAAUGAGACGGACUCUAUCUCGAAGGUCAAGGUCACAGUUAGGGGUCAAAGGGCGGGCUUGACAUGUUGCCUGUUGGCAUCUAAUUGUUGGUAAACAAAAGUUUUGUAACCACUUUAAAUUUUGAAAUGAAAAUUGUUGAGAGAAUUUAGGGAUGAUUCAAAGUCAAGAUGUUUACAUUCACUGUAUGUUUUGAAAAACAGCAUUUAUUUUUGUAUAAAGAACAUUGGUGCAAUGGUAUUAAGAGCACCCUUUCCACGAGAUUGCAUGUACCAUCUCACGUCUUUCAAAAAAAAUAUAUUUUGAAUGAAAAUCAGGAACUGCAUUUUUAUGGGAAGGCAAAUUAAAAUUGAACGUGGUUGGAUGCUUUUGGCUGUUCUAUUUAGAUGUUGAAAAGAACGAUAUCCUGACAUUUUUAUAUUCCGAUACUUGUGGAAAGCAAACCACUUAUUAUUGUUGCAAGAUACUGUAAAAUUGUAAACAUAAGAAUAGAAUGCUAGUGAUGCAAGAAAUCUCAAUGUGGUUUAUACCUGUCUUAAGGCACAAAAAAUAACAUUUAAUUUUUAAGUAACUUUUCAUGCCAUUGUGACACAAAUGAAUGAGUCUUCAACUAUAAUUUAAAACACACAUGAAAAGCAGAAACUCUUGUUAUAUUUUUGUUUUCAUAUUAUUUUACAUUCCAUGUAUUUUGCAUUUGUCAGUCUGGAGGUGGCAAUACUCAUUUGUUGCAAACAUGUAAAUAUAUAACAUUUUUUUGCAUUUAUAGAUGAGAGAUCUGAAUUGUUUUUGUUUAAGAUUUUAUUUAUCUGUUGCCAUGAUUUAUUAUUGUUACCCCUAGCAACAAUCAGAUUCUAGUCAUUAUCUUGUGAGGGAUAAAACAUAUCUACUUUUCUUCCUACAGUCAGAGAUAUCAAUGAGAGGUUUUGGAUUAUAAAGAAAUUAUUAUAUAGUGUUUCGUUUAAAUUGUCUGUGGUGUAACAUGGCUGGCUAUUAGGUUCAUCAAACUUGAAAAGAAAAUGGUUAGUUGCACAUAUAUAUAAUUUUCAGAAUUUUUUUAUAUGAGACAGAUUGUUAGUAUAUAUGGCCAUUAAAAUAUUGUGUAACAGAGGUUUUUGGCACCUCUAUGGCUGAGUGGUUAAGGUUGCUGGCUUUGAAACACUUGCCUCUCAGUGCUGUUGGUUCGAACCCUCCCUUGAGGAACCCUCCUGUACGGGAGCUGUCCUGCUGGCCUAUGGAAUGUUUCUGGUUCUACUAAGAUGCCCAUGCAUGCCUAAUGUAAUGUUGAGAGGGAUGCCUGGAGUCUUCCUCCACUAUGAAAAGCUGUAAAGUCACCAUAUCACCUUAUAAUUGUGUUGGUGUGACAUUAAACCAAAGAAAAACAAAAAUAGAGCUUUAAAGAUUUUUCCAAAACCAGAGUUUUUAUGUGAAGUUUAUUUUAGGAUUUUUUUUAUGGCAUCGGAAUUAUUUUAAUUUAAUUUCAACAUAAAAGAUAAACCUAUUUUUCAUACCUGAUAAAAAUACAUAUUACCUAAUACAUUUUAGUGAAUUGUUAUUAAAUCAUUUGUUUUGGCUGACACUUCUGAUCUGUUUAGUUAUAAGAAGGAAUUAGUUCAUUUAUAAAUAUGUAUUCGUUCAUUAAUGCAUUUAUAUGAUAUUAACACAAAUUAGUCAAGUGUUAGUAAAUCUAUAUCUGGCAGAAAUGACUUAUUUUGUCAUUUAAUCUGUCUUUAGGUGUUAAUAAAAAUAAGUAUUACUAAUACUGGUAAACUUUAGUCUUGUGAUCAUAAGUAAAGAUAAGGUGUUCUUAAUAAGGUGUCAGAAUUCAUAUUCUAUUGUUUGGUAAAUGAAUAUUUUUGUUGCUUGUCUCAGCAAAGUUCAGCGUUGUUACUUUCAAAACUUUUUCAUAAAAAGAUACCUUUAAAAGUUACAUAUAUAUUGAUAAUUUCUUAUUAGGGGAUUUUCUGUACUGUCAGGCAGUAUAAUUCUUUUAAACAAUAACAGUUUUCCUUAUUGUAAGGUGGUGUAAAGGUAGCUAUUUAUUUAGUUUCAUACCUAAUCUUUCAUAAUCUUAUUUGUAAGUUAUUUAAAAAAUAAUUUUGAAUCUUGUAAUCUUGUCCCCUUAUCUAAGCAGAUAGAGAACAGAAAAAGCUGUGAAUUGAGAGGUUGCAUGAUAAAUCCCUAGACAAGGUAUGGCUGGACAGAAAAAAGACAUUUGAAGUCGUACAUUUUCACCACCAAUUCAUGUUGAGAAGUUCUCGGUUAUAUACAUACAGAGAACACGUCAGUAUUGGUGAAGAAAAUGUUUUUAAUAUUAAUAAAAGUUAUGAAGUACAUAUACUGUAUUUCUGUGUUGUGACUAUACAUUUUGUAGAUUUUCAUUGUAAAUGAUAAUUUGUUGAAUUGUGAACUCAGGUGAUAGGUGCUUUUUAACUGCCAGGAUUAAUUUACAUUUUAAUUUUCCUCUUUUUCUAGCUACUUUACAGCAUUUACAAUAAUUAUGAAAUUAUUAUAUACUGUCACAUUAUAAAACGUUGCUUAGACCUGUUAUUGUUUUAAAGACUUAUGAUUUAGUAACUUUUAUUACAUGUUUGACUAGUGGAAGUGAAAUAAAGCCACUACAUAAUCUUGGCAUAAAGCUUCAACGUUGACAUCGUUUUAAGUAUAAGAGACGUUGGUCGAAGUAUAGGUGACAUAGGUUGAAUUGACUUUGUUUAUAAAAUGUAAAGACAGAAGAAAUUUUACUUUUCAGUAGGAAAGCUAACAUGCUAUAAUAACAAUAUUACAUUUGUGACUUUCCACAUUGAAUUUAUCAAACUUGUUGAAUAAAAUUGAAAAAAAUGCUCGGCAGAGCCUCACAUUUUAUUAUUUUAUUAAAAUUGUUUAAUAAAUUCAAUACGAAAAGACACUCAUGUCUUAUCCUCUAUUUAUAUCAUAUUUUAUAUGUGUUCAGAUACUUGCAAAGUUAUAAACCAUGCGAACGCUAUUAUCUAUAGAUUUAAGAUUAAAAUUGCCGUGUGUUCUCUAUUUUCAGCCAUACGUUAGUUCUUCAUAUUUCCAUUUAAAUCUUUCUUCAUUGAAAUAAUAUGUUUAUGAUUAAGAAUUAAAAUUGCUUACAAGAAUGAUAUAUUAUUACAGAUGUCUAAACUGCUGUUUUGAAUUUAGAUUAUUAUUCCUAUUGUUAGUGGUUGUGGUUAUCUCGUGUUAUAGUGCAAUAGUUUUAUUGUGAUUCAUUCCUGAAAUCCUUUAAUAUUAUAUUUACAAAUAAAAUAAUUAUUUCUCUUCA